AUGGCCUUAUCGCUUUGCUGAGGGGAGGUAAAUACACGUUUUAGUGACUUGCCAAAGCAGUGACGAAAAGCCUGAUAGAUCGUUGCUCCGGCGAGGAGGCUACUGUAGCCUAUAUUUGGCUCUGACUGGUAGACGCAGCUACAGCACUAAGCUCCUCACAUUCAGCACCUGGAGAAUGAGGACCAGUACACUGGGCAUGGUUGGGAAUUUUUAAUGGACCGUUGGCUUUUGCAUGUUGAGGAGUGGGUGAACAGAUGUUAUUAUUUCGCGCAAUGUGUUUAAACGACACAUCAUUGCUUUGCGAAUGUUCCACAAUUCAAGUCGAGGACUCUUUACGUUGCUGCUGAUGCUGUUGGAGUGGACCAGACCAGGCCUACCGUCCCCCCUGCGGCCGAUCUGUGACCUGCGGGUCCUAAAACACUUCAUUGAAGAGGCCAGAGAUGCCCAAGCAGCCAUGCUGACUUGUAAAGAAGGAUGUGGUCUUCCAGAGGCCGUCACUGUUCCCCAAACCAAAGUAGACUUCAGCAUCUGGGAGAGGAAAAAUGCACUGGAGCAAGCUCAGGAGGUACAGACUGGCCUGUGGCUGUUAAACCAGGCCAUUGGCUCGCUACGAGCCUCCGUCACCAACACAGAGUUGCAAAGCCACAUAGACAACAGCCUCAUAAACAUCUUCAGAAUAGGAAAGGUGCUGCGCAGCCUCAACAUCCAGGAGUGCAACCCUCCAUCAGGAGGAGGGUCUGGAGGAGAGGAGACAUGGCGGGUGUCGUCUGCUUCAGAGCUGCUUCAGGUCCACGUCAACUUCCUGCGAGGCAAGCUGCAGCUCUUGCUGUCCAACGCGCCCAUCUGCCACUAGGGCGGCAGCUGAUUGGGGCUCUCCGAGACAGGGCCAAGUUGAUUGGAGCUUCCCGAGGCAGGGGGUGGGAUCUGACACUAUUGACCCUGCUUGUUGCCAGGUAGAACUCUAAAAGAUGAGUGGGUGGACCAGAUCUUCACAGGAGAGAAUUAAGCUAUAUGGACAGAACAGUUCCUAUUGGACUUUAAAAGGAAAAGAGCAGGUAGCACCUUGAACAUGGAGAUGAGGGAAGUAUGUGGUUAAGAAAUCACACACCGAAAAGGAAUGGGGCCUACAGAAUACACAGCUUCACAGCUCUUUAAUGGGCACCCUUCAGCACUUUGUGUGUGUCUGUAUGUCUUUUAGCAUGAGUGUGAUUCUGUGGCCCCUACUGCAAUGGAAUGUGACUUCUCAUCGCCAAGCCUGCGUAAUCGACGCAGAUUGCACAUGACGACACCUUGUUGGAGUUCUACUCAACUGUCAUUGACUGCCUAUCAAAUACCAGAAUGAGGGGGCCUAGCCUGUACCACAAACUCUUCAAACACCACCUGCCUCGUUCUUAACACAAAACACUUCUCCAACUGCUGUCUAUCAGUGUCCUCAUAUGUAUUAUAUAUUGCUAAUGUAAUUACUUAUUUAUAGAGAUCUAUAUUUUUACUUUUAAGCUCCAGUUACUGUCAUGACUAUAGUAGUAUGAGAGAUAUACUGUAACUAGGAGCUAGAGACCACAGUUGAGCUCUAACGAUUGACCAUAAUUACUGUAUACAACCACUGAACAUUGUUGUUAAGAUAUUUGUACAAGUCAAUAUCCAACUGUUCACUGUUUGUCACCCUUUGUAGAAGAAAUGAUCUUUGUGUUUGUAUGUACUGUAUGUGUGAGAGAGUACCUGUUUGAAUGAGUUUUAUACAACUCCUUAUAACCCUAUUGAAUGGACGAGAAGGGGAAGAAACAGAAGCAGAGGUUCUGUUGGUUGAAGGAGGAAAAGAUUGAGCGGAAGAGGGAGAGGGGGCUUACGUGAGAACUCCGAAGCUAUGCUGUGAUUAUCAGUGUCUGGUUUAUGCACACCAGCACCCAAAUAGAGCUUCGACGCAGACAGCAUGACUGCCAGGAAAAAUAUUGAUUGGUUCUCAUGAUGAACAUCCUGCAUGCCUCUCUCUCGCCUUCAUUCAAGCAGCAGCCAAUCAAGCGCAAUCCUGGGAACCUUUGGAGUCGCUGACGUUGGGGAUUCUUCCAAUGUCGGGAUUAGUGUUUUUCUCCUGUGUUUUGUUUCCCGUAUUAAAAGUCUUGCAGUCACA